AUUUGUCAAAGCGUCAAAUCAAGUUUGUUGCGGUAAAUGGCGUCGUUGAUCCGUUGAUGUUUUCCAAUUUUUCUCGAUUUACUCGCACAGAAGCCGUUCCAAGAGCGAAAAUCCAACAAAUCCCCGCCGCAGUACCGCCACGCACAACCUUCGUCGAUUUCCACGCCGCCAAGGUUUUUGCAUAAGAGUUCACGUAUCGUACACAAACCGCAGAGAUGGCUGAAGAGCAGCCAGUUGUGAACGGUCUGGACGAAGUCGCCGUGAAAACCGAGCCCACAGACCCGCUGGACUCCAUCGAACCGCCCAUCAUCCCGAAGGAGUUCACCGUGAGUAACGGGUUCCACGAGGAUAGCGACUGCGAGGACAUCUCCUAUUUCACCCAAGUGGAGGUGGACAACACUCGCAAGUGUCUGGAGAACACGAAACUCAUCAUCAAAGAUUUUGAGACCCAGCUGGAUUGGCACUUGCAGCAGUACAUGACUCUGAGAAACAUUUUCAACACAAAGAAGAACUCGAAGGAUGGGAAGGACGACGGGUCCAAGCGUCAGGACCUUCUAAGUAUAUCUCAGUUGAGCGCGAUCAUUGCUAAUCACCCUGAAGGCAACAAGAAGUUCAUCAAGAGAAAGGGCCCCAUUUCGAACGGAGCAGGUGGGAGAAAGCGCAGAAAAAAUAAAGAUUCAGAGUCUGAAGAAGAAACUGACUUCAGCGAUGAGGACAGUGAGUUCGAUGAGGAAGACUUUGACAUGGGGGAGAGUGAAGAGGAGGAUGAUCCGGGGGCGGUGAAGAAAACAAAGAAAGCCAGAGGGAAGAAAGGAAAGGCUUUUGAUGACACUCAGGUGAAGGAUGAGAUCGAAGAAGAGGUGCAUGAGUUGAUUGAGCCCAAGGAGGAGAUACAAAGCGACGAAGAAAUGAUGGAGGAGGAGAGUUUUGAAGUGAAGAAGACGCCGGCUAAAAGGGGGAGAAAACCGAAGGGCGAAGAAACCAAGACGCCUGCUAAAAAAGGGGGAAGAGGGAAAAAGGGGAAGAAUCUCGAGACUGUCGAUUUGACCAACAUCAAAAAUUGCAAAGUGGUUUUGAACAGAUUGGGUAAAGACGACGACGACGACGAAGACGUGGAAAUUAAAGAGGAGAUUGACAGAGAUGAGUUGGUUGAAAUGUUGAAAGAGAAAGCCGUCAACUCGAUUGAGAAUUUUUCGCUUGAUCCUGAAAAACCCAUCGCCAUUCUGAAAGACGAUAACGUGAAGGCGUUCGAUUUUAACGAAUGUAAAACCAGUAAUGUUGUUGUUACUUUUGAAGACAGUGAAAGUUUCCCCGAAUUUAUUUUUAUUAAAAAUGUCGCUGAUCACAUUCUGGAGGGUUCCAUCAUAUUGGUGCAUGCUAACGUUUUCGAUCAGCAUCUAAGUGGCGAGGAGAAGAAUUGAGUUUUAUCUUCAUAGUUGAGUAUUCUAUAGAGUCUACAGUAAUUAGUGUGAAAAUAUGGUAGAGAAUCAAAGUAUAAUUUCUAUAUAUAUACAUGUAAUGUUGGUUCAAUGUUCAUUAUGCAACGGUUUUCCAAAUUCCUUAGACUUGUAGGCCUAAUUGAGUUUUUUUAUUCACAUGUUUUCAUUAUUUUUUUUUUUUAAUUAAUAAACCAUGUAACCACCAAAUUUAUUACUUAUUUGUUCUUUGUUGCGUUUGUGCAUACUUUUUUCUAAAUUGUAGACCCAUUUUCACUUUCACUUCUUCAAUAGUGUUUUCUGCAAUCUCUGUAGCUUUGUGUGCACCUGUUUUUAGAACAUUUAAUAAAUACUCUGGGUUGUCCAGAUAAUCAUUUAUCUUCCUUUGUAUGGGUUGUACAUGAGCUAUUACAGCCUCAGCUACUUGAAGUUUAUACCUGAAAAUAAAUCUUAGUUCAAAUUUCUAUAAAA